CACCACCUGCCGGGGAUGCUUUGGGGUGAAGGAUCGGCCGCAGUCCAUGGGAGAGGGGUUCGGCCACCCGGUGCCACCAAGGUGGAGGAGAAACCUCCGGGAACGAGGGAAGCCCCCCCAGUUCCCGCACAGUGACGGGACACGCUCCCGCUCCGUGCCGCGCUCUCAGCCGGCUAGCUGGCGCCGCUUGUGCCGGGCGAUGCCGGGGAGGGUGGGUGCAUCCCCGGGCGCUCAGUUCCCGUCCUCCCGCUGCGUGUCCCACGCCCCGACGGGAAGCGCCGCCGCUGUGUGGCGGUGCCGGCGGGGCGGUGCCGGUGCCCGGGGCGGUGCCGGUGCCCAGGGCGGGUCCCGGGGCUGAGCGAGGCGGAGCCCGUCGGGCAGCGGGGCCGGUCCCAUGGGAGCCCGGCGGGCCGGUGGAUGCCCAUGGCUUUCAGCCCGGGGCUGCUGGUGGUGGCCGGUUCCUUCGCCGCUUUCCGCUUGCUGAACCGGGGGCUGGAGCGGCUCGUGCCGCCGCCGCCCUCGGCCCGGCACAAGCGCUGGAAGUGGCGCAACAUCUGGACAUCGCUGGCGCACAGCGUGCUCAGCGGCGGCGGGGCGCUGGCCGGGUUCUACCUCCACCCCGAGCUGUCCAACGACCUGGUGAGCACACACCCGCCCGGGGCGCACAGCCUGGUCGCCGUAUCUGUAGGCUAUUUCCUGGAAGACUUUGUGGAUAUGUUGUGCAAUCAGAAACUUCAUCAGUCCUGGGAGCUGCUCUUUCAUCACUCUGUGGUGAUCAUCUGCUUUGGCAUUGCUGUGCUGCUCCACCAGUACGUGGGCUUUGCCCUUGUGGCUUUACUGGUGGAGAUCAACUCCAUCUUCCUGCACCUGCGGCAGAUCCUGCUCAUGGCCAACCUGGUGCACACCACCUGCUACCGCCUCAACAGCCUCAUCAACCUGGGCACCUACGUGGUGUUCCGCAUGGCCACGCUGGCCUGGAUGACCCGCUGGCUCUUCCUCAACCGCCACAACGUGCCCCCGGCCGCCCACGCCGUGGGCACGGCGGGCAUGGCAAUCAUGACACCCAUGAACGUCAUCCUCCUCUACCGCCUGCUGCGGAGUGACUUCUUCAAAUGCAGACAGGAGAAGGAGGAAUAGGCUCCUCCCCUGCCAGGGGGGCAGUUCCAGAUCCAUGGAGCAAGUGGAGGGGCUGCACUAACAGAGCAUCCAGGCUUUUCUUGUGGCUCAAGGUCCUGGGCCCUGCACAGCAGAGGAGGUGCUCGUGGACCAGGCACCGUGGCUCUGCUCCCCAAACACUUUUGGAUGAUGUGGUUGGACAAUUGGGAGAUGCUCAGAGAAGCUCUCACAGCUCCCUGAGGCACCACUGAGAUGAGAAGGGGGCAGAGCAGCGCUGUUUCCCCACUGCUCUUCCAGACAUCCCAACACCACAGGGGGUUUCCAACCCCGUCAGCCACAGGACACCGAGUCCUCUGUGGCAUCUCCUAUGGGAACAGCACCAGCAAGACAGGCUCCAAGGCUUGCCUGUGAGGUGAUGGUCAGUACAAACCAAACCCUGCACUGAUGAGCCCUCCCUGAGGAGAUUGUCCCAGGCUGAGACCUGGCUGGGGACUGCUGCCCGCUGUGGGGUGCAGGUCGGGGGCAGCCCCAACCUCUCCUGACAACUGGAGCAUUUUUCAUGUUGUUUUGUCCCCAGAUAAUUUAAGUGCCCAUAAAUGAGCGUGGGAGAGCACGAGUGGCUGGCAGGAGGAUGCUGUGUGAUGGUCACUUCCCACAGAUGUGGGAUUUUCAGGCACCUUUUAGGAUUCAGACAUCUGUUAGGAAUGCCAAGUUGUGCUGCAGAGCCCGGUGUAACGCUCUCACCCAGCAGCAAAGGCUCUUACUAACAUGAGCUUUUAAUAAAUGGCUGCAAAUGAAGUGGCUUGAGGGGAAAGGACUGAAAGGGGACAAAAGGACUCAGCAUCCCAGCCCACUCUGGGGGUGUCACUGCUUAACACAGUCCUUACCCUGUGUCUCCCUGCCAUGGAGUGAAAAUACACUGUACACUGGCACACUCUA